UCUGCCCCUCCCUUUCUACUGCUCAAAGUUGUUGGCGGCUCCAUGAGCGAACCGAGCCGAAAGUGGUCCGGGGACUCGGAUUCUUCAAGGCCAAAGUCACCCAGAUUUCCAGGCUCACUUCCCCGGUCAACACCACCAACGCGUGCGGCAACAGUCGGCCCUGAACCGAUUCCCGCCUACGAGCUACCUCCUCAUGCUCGUAGUGAAGACUUCAGUCAUGGCAAAGGAGCUAGCAGGCCUUCAACCCCCAGCAAAGAACUUACCCGUCGUACAAGCGCUGGCUCAAUCAACUCCGCCCACUCUUCCUCAAACUCCAAUCCCCAACCACCUUCCUCUGUCGCUUCAACAAGCCUCUCCUCAGCCUCUUGCGCGUCUUGCGGAAAACCGAUGCAAGGCCCAUUUGUUCGGGCACUAGGCACCGUCUUCCAUCUGAAUUGCUUCAAAUGCAAUGACUGUGGUGACGUCGUGGCUUCCAAAUUUUUCCCGAUCGAGGGUGGAGAUGGGAAGCAGUACCCGCUUUGCGAACGCGACUACUUCCGCCGUCUAAACUUGAUCUGCGCCAAGUGUGGAAUGGCUCUGAGGGGCAGUUAUAUAACAGCAUGCAACAAGAAGUUUCAUGUCGAACAUUUCACUUGCUCUCUCUGCUCUACUUUGUUUGGGCCGUCGGACUCGUACUAUGAGCACGAUGGUGAUGUUUAUUGCCAUUUCCACUACUCGACUCGCUUCGCAACCAAAUGCGCCGGAUGUAGCAGCGCUAUACUCAAACAGUUCGUUGAGAUCAAUCGGAACAUGAGGGACGAGUGCUGGCACCCAGAGUGCUAUAUGAUCAACAAGUUCUGGAAUGUCAAAGUGGUGUCACGACGGCCAACGAGUACCGCUGAGAUUGAAGGAGAGCACCAAGAACCGGAAUAUGUUGACGAAGAGCGUCGCGAGACUCCAUUGUCGUUGAAGGACAGGCAAAUUCGGAUGGAACAGCAGGUUUACCGGAUAUGGACGGUCCUUUCCGCCUUCGAGGAGUCAAGUGCAGCUUGCAUUUCCGAUAUGCUCAGACAAGUCAGCAAUGGUCAAUACCUUGAGGCCAUUCGAAUGGCCGAAAAGUUUAUAUUGCAUGUCGAAGUGCUUUUCGCAACAAUCGACGACCUCGAGCAACACUUUUACCGACUCAAUAUGAAAGGUAUGUCACACGUCCGAGAAGCGAGGAUGCUGUGCCGCAAGACUGUGGAACUCUUUACGCUCUUGUCACACACGCAAGAAACGGGUUCUCGACGAAUGGGCAUGACGCAGGAGCUACUGGCACUCGUCACCGGAUUGGCUCACUACCUCAAAAUCCUGAUCCGCAUAGCAUUGACAGGGGCUCUCAAAUUGGAGCGGGAAAGGGAUGUCCAGGAAGCAAUGUCAAAUUUCCUCGACAAACUUCAUCUGCUUGCGGUCCAAGGCGGCAAUCCAUCUGCUAGGAGGAUGAUCAAGGGCUAUAAUGGUGAAUCUAUGGCUCAGUCGGGAGGAAAUGUUGGCACACAGGGAGUCACCUAUGGUUUCCGCAGCCUGGCACCAGAAAAUGCUGGCGAAUCGCCGUUUGCCCCUGGAGUCUCUUCGUCCUCGUCCAAAAUGCCUUCAGAUCUAUGUGUCAAAUGUAAUCAAACGGUCGAGGAGGACUGCGUGCGACUGGGGACGUACCAACGAUGGCAUUCUCACUGCGUACAGUGUGCCGUCUGUGGCAAGAAAGCCGUCAUUCCAAUGCCCAAGGAGAAGGAGACUAUCCAAAACGGGGAAGAAGGCGCUCAGGCUCCCAAGCCAUCCACUGGUCGUAGACCACCAGCCAACGUGUCCCAAUUCGUCUAUGAGGUCGAUACACGCAAAGACACCCAGUUUUUUGGCGAGAUUCCGACUGUCAUUCUUUGCACAGAGCAUGCCCACGCAGGAUGCCGCGGCGGUUUCCAACCUGUUCAACGACUCGAGCAAUACGCCUUCCUGUUGAAUGUUGCAUUAAGGCGACUAUACUUUGUUCUGCGGAAGCAAGGUGUUGUGCCCUUGUCACCUGAUACUCCGACACACCCAUCAAUACCAGAGAGCGAUUUAUAUCGCAACUCCGCAGACAUCAUGCGAAUGAAAUCAGUGCACCUGGAUCGUAAACUUUCUGCGACUGCUCGGCUUCCCAAAAGAUCGACAAUUGUUGAAAGCCCUGCUGGCCGAACCGCUCCCUCGGAAGUUCUUGCGUCCCAAAAGACGCAAGAGUCAACCACUGCAUCCCAGCCUCAACAACAACUUGCUCCCCACGCCCCUCAACCCCAAUAUCCCCAGCAAGGUCAAUUACCUCAGCAACGAUCCCCAUCUCAGCCAUCGUCGCUGGCCCCACGACCCCACUUAGGGCCUUUACCGCCUGAUAUGCAAGGCCAAGUGUUGCGACCCUCAUUUGCUCGCAACAACACUGAAGUCAUGAUCGUGGACGACAGCGUUCCAAAUUCGCCUGCCGGUGGAGACGAGCCACCUCCACGACAACCACCAUUAGACAACGGAAUCACCCUCGCGGACAUUCCCCAGCUUAUGGAGGUUGCCCAAGCACGUGAAGAACAGCGUUCUUUACCUCGAGAAAACUCUAUUCCGUACAUUGCCGAGCUGAGUUCUCUUGAGUUGGCAAUCGUCAAACACGCUGCUCUCCUCGUUCUCACGAAAUCGCCUUUACGGGAUCAGUUUGAUUUGGACGAGUUGAUUGAAAUGGUCGAGACAAAAAAGAGCGGAUUCUGGAACAAGCUCUUCAAGGCUGGUGAUAAGAAGAAUGUCAAGAAGAAAGGUGUCUUUGGUGUUCCUCUUGAGUUUCUCGUUGAGAGGGAAGGGUCCGAUUCGCUACUCGGUGCCACAAGGGAGACAUUGAGAGUGCCAAGUUUUAUAGACGACGUCAUUUCGGCCAUGCGGCAAAUGGACAUGUCAAUUGAAGGCAUCUUCAGAAAGAACGGAAACAUUCGGAGGCUCAAAGAGCUAACGGAGACAAUUGAUCUUCAACUGGCUGCGCUUCUCAAGAAAUUCUUGCGCGAUUUACCCGACCCUCUGAUGACCUUCAAACUCCACCGUCUUAUUUGUCUUCCUGAAAUGGGUUGCAUCCUCCUCCUCCCUUUGGUAGUUCUGCUCCGAUCCCACGGCCAGGUGCUCCUGGUUUGGCGCAACCGUCGACUUCGAAUGGGUAGCCACUCCCCGACCUCAUAUGAACGCUGCGGCCGAGCCACGACCCAACUAAUCCAGCGAACAAUAAAUUUCUUUGUUCGGGGUCUCGCCGUUUCCUCUUGCCGACUUUGUAGUUCAGUAUCACGGACUUCAAUCACCCAUCUCGUCAACUUCCAUAUUCUUCCGCUUCUUACCCAAGCCCUGUCAGAGGCGAAAUGCAUCAAGGUGAGCGAGAGUAAAAACACAGUUUUCUAUUCCAACCUCCAGCAUUCCUUGAGUCCUCCACUUCUUUCGACACUGCAGUCAGCAUUGAAACAACAGCCUGCCCCCAUUACCGUUCUCGUUACAACUCUCAUUGGCUUCGUCGUUGGUGCGACAGAAUCAAUCCUCAAAAACUGGCCCCGCUCUCUUUUGAGCAGCGUACACAAUGUUCCAGUCUUCCUAUUGCUCUACAAGAACUCAAAUCCCGAUGUGCUGACGGCGACUUUUAAUACUGUACUCCAAGCUCUACGACAAUGGACCCCGGAGUCGUCAUCUAUUAGCAAUGAGGAUCCUUUUGGUUCAUAUAAUGCGACUGCAAAUAAAUGCCCCGCCACUCGUAUGGAGGCUGCUGCUGCAGAAGAAAAACGACGGAAGCAACUAGGAAUUAAACCCGAAGCAAAGCGUCCUAAGCUGGACACUGAUGCGUCUUCUACUUUGGCGAGCUUCGACUUCACUCAACUCCCAGCUCCUCUUAUCACAGAAUUAAUUGUCGCCAACCUGGAAGCUUUCUCGGAAAGUGCAUUCAAAUCUCUCGUUGAUUCAUAUAAAGAAAGUAGGGGCAUCUCGUCAGCGCCACUACCACCACCACCACCACUUGCUGCUGCUGCCUCUCGCAAUGGUACACCAGUGGAUACCAAGUCCCCUCCCGAGGCUUCUCCCCCAAUCAUAAAAGAGGAGCCUGUAGACCCUCUCAAGAUGGAUAUGGAUCAGGAUGAGCUGGAAUUCGAGCCUGACCGACUUAACCGAGCGUUUUCUGACGACCCUGAUGUCGGAGAUGGGAACGCUGAUGCUGGUGCGGUACUGGCUGAAAAUAUGCAGCUUGUGGGCUUCAACCUUCCACCACCAAAACCUUUAACGGAAGAGGAACGUUCAGCCCUUCUAGUCAGCUCUGUUAUGCGCAUCCGGGAAGAGUCGGAGCUAGCAGGAGAGAGUCUUCCCCCAGAUUCAACACAAGCAGCAGGUCAUAGUCCAACAGAGAUGUGGAUGCUGUUAAUUGUUAGGAUGAUAACUCGUGUCGUCGACCCUGAAACACCCAGCGUAAACGCUACUGACGAGGGAGCAGUGAGUGAGCUGUACGACGAACAGGACAAGCUCCGGCAAAAGCUUUGCGAUUAUAUAAUGGCGGACUUCCCAGCAAGGCUACGACUGGCAACGGCGUGGAUGAACGAAGAAUGGUAUAAUGAUCGGAUGCAUCGAGACGAUAUGGAAUGGCGACCCAACUACGAUACCUGGCUGAACCAAAUCAUUGCAGCCUAUCAGACGUUGCUGGACAGUAAAGAUCGGACGUUCUCUCGAUUCUUGCUGGACCUUCCUUCUGUUCCCGAGGAUGUGCUGGUUUUAUUACGCGAAUUGUGUGUAGACGCAAAUAGUCCAGAAAAAUUGCAAGUUGGCUUUGUAACCCUUCGAGGGCUAGUAAUACAGCGACCAUCAAUGCGCGCAGAAGCGCUUACUGUUCUUCUUGAACUCACAACACAUCCAGACAGAAAGACUCGCGGUGCGGCCAUCAACACUGUCAAAAUUUGGGUGCCCAACAUUCAACCUAUGGGUGAUAUGGUCAGGAACUUUGCUCUGCAAAUGCUUCGCAAGCUUCAGCUGCAGACGGACGUCAAAACCAUCAAACACAAUGGUACCGAGGCAAACGGAGAUGGGGAGGAUGAAAAUAUGGAGGAUGGACAGCUACCCCCGGAAGAUUUAGUUCAGACACCAUAUCUGCCUGAGCGCAUAGAACUGCCUGCCGAGGAAUCACAAGUCUUGCAGCAUGUGGAGCUGCUGUUCGCCUUGUGCGUGAAGGUGCCUGAGUUUCUUGACGAAAUAUUCUCUGCCUACGGUCACAUGGACGUGACAGUGCAAGAGGCAAUCCAGCGACUGAUAACAGCACUGAUUCGUUCUCUUGGAGCCACCCAUGGCAAACUGCUAACGAUCAUGCGGAAUUUCCCUCCUGGCGCAGAAUCCUUGGCCCUGCGAGUCCUCAACAUCUUCACAGAAAACGGACGGCCCGGUGCCCAACUUGUUGCGCUGAUCAAGGGCCUUAUCAGCGAACGAGAGCUGGAUGCACGGUUUCUCAUUCCCAUCAUUGGUGAGAUGGACAAGGCUGAUAUUAUUCGCCACUUACCUCGUAUUGUCUCUAUCCUUGGUGGCGAUGCGGAGAGCAAGAAUCUUGUUCGUUCUGUUUUCAGUUCCAUCGUCACCACGCCUCCGCAAACCUUCAGCAUCACCUCAAAUUUGCCUCGAGUACGACAGAGCGAACUCCUUACCCCGCAAGAACUGCUGGCGUUGUUGCAUGAUGCUGAAAAGGAGAUCGGUCUUCAGAGUGCAAAAGAAGCUAUCAGCGUCUGCUUCUCAAUGACGGAUGUGUUCCGCUCAGACGUUUUGGCUGCAGUGAUGCAACAAAUCAUGGACGAACCAGUAUUGCCUGUUUUGUUUUUGCGGACAGUUAUUCAAGCUGUCACGACGUACAAAUCACUGGUCGCUUUCGUCUCGACGACCCUGCUGUCGCGACUGAUUACCAAGAAAAUAUGGACCAAUCCUCGAUUGUGGGAAGGAUUUAUUAUGUGUGCCAAGGUCAUCGCACCAGCUAGUUUUGGGGCGCUGUUGCAGCUGCCAAAGGAUCAACUUCGAGAGCUUGUCGACAAGCAACCCGGAUUGAAAGCUGGGCUGAGGGACUUUGUGAUGAAGAAAGCUCCGAACAAAACACGAGUACCGGGUUUCUUGGACAUUUUCGGCGAAUCUGAGGAGAGUCCAGCACCAACACCCCCACCACAGCCAAUGCAGGUUGUCGUCGAGUAG